CGCUGGCUGCAUGUGCUCCGGGUGCGGGACCCUCCAAGGUUUUGACGACUAAAAAAAUUUGGAGGCGCAAAACUUUGGUUCAAGGCAUCGCGUCUUUGCACCCGCAAGCUUUUCUCGACCAAACGACACAAGCAGUCCAGGACAAUUCCGGUUCUUUGCUUCUGGUCUGUCGGCUACAACUACACUCUCUUGUCUCCCACCGACAUCUCCCUCGACAACGAUAGACAUCGACGAAGUCUCGUUUUUUUACUCAGAGCUCCCCCGCCUCGACUGUUCCAUACAAAGUCGGCUUCCUUCGACCAGCCUGUACAAUACUACCCAUCCGUCCUUGAUCAAUCAGAUAUGCUCGAUCAAAUGGCCAACGAGAUCAAGCUCAUCUCUGGUACCUCCCACCCGGAGCUCAGUGCCAAGGUCGCCCAGCGACUUGGUAUUGAUAUUGCCAACACGAUGAGCUUGAACUACUCCAACCAGGAGACUAGCGUUUCCAUUGGUGAAUCGGUCCGUGACGAAGACGUCUUCAUUCUGCAGUCUACUGCUCCCGGUGACGUGAACGAUGGGCUUAUGGAGCUCCUCAUCAUGAUCCAUGCGUGCCGUACUGCGUCUGCUCGCCGUAUUACCGCUGUCAUUCCCAACUUCCCUUAUGCCCGCCAGGAUAAGAAGGACAAGUCCCGUGCUCCCAUCAGCGCCAAGCUGAUUGCCAACAUGCUGCAGGUGUCUGGCUGCAAUCACGUCAUCACCAUGGAUCUUCACGCCUCUCAGAUUCAGGGCUUCUUCAACGUCCCUGUCGACAACCUAUAUGCUGAACCCUCUGUCCUGCGAUGGAUUAGCGAAAACCUCGACGUCAACAACUGCGUCAUUGUCUCGCCUGAUGCCGGCGGUGCGAAGCGUGCUACAUCUAUUGCCGAUCGCCUCAACACAGCCUUUGCCCUCAUCCACAAGGAGCGUCCUCGACCCAACGUUGUUGGCCGCAUGGUCCUUGUUGGUGAUGUGCAGGAUAAGGUGGCCAUUCUCGUCGACGACAUGGCCGAUACUUGCGGAACGCUUGCCAAGGCUGCCGAGACCCUGAACCAGCAUGGCGCGAAGCAAGUCUUUGCCAUUGUUACCCACGGCAUUCUCAGUGGCAAGGCCAUUGAGAACAUCAACAACUCCUGCUUGUCUGGCCUUGUUGUUACCAACAGUAAGUUUGAUAUGAUAAAUUUAUGCUUGCUAAGACAUCAAUUGCUAACCCAUUUACAGCUGUUCCUUGUAAGUCCCAGCGCUAGAGAGCUGCAACGAUGUCAACUAGAGCACGCCACACUAACAUAUAGAUAUAGUGGGAGACAAGGUUGAGCGCUGCCCCAAGCUCAAGGUCAUUGACGUUUCCGGCACCCUGGCCGAGGCUAUCCGCAGAACUCACAACGGUGAAUCAGUGUCAUACCUCUUCACCAACGUACCUGUUUAAAUCUUUUCUUUCGAAUUUGGAUAAAUCAACAUCAUAGCAGUUUGAAAUUUAUGCGGUGUUUUGGCGUUUGAACAUGAUACAUUUUGCUACAACUAUAAAACAAGACUAUGUUUUCUCAACAUACACAUAAAAAAAGACAUGAAAUAUGACUAGAAAAUUUGCACGACUGUCAAUACAAUCAGUUUUCAC